GAUGAGCUACCCCUAGACAACGAGGAGUUCAGUCUCGAGGGUGCUCCGCCUCACUUCCCUGAACCCGCAUCCAUCCAUACUGCUACUAGAUCCUCCCAAAAAAGGCAUUCGGAGUCAGAGUUUGACUCCAAGAUACAGUUCUCUUUGGAGCAUGCUUUCAGUGUCUCCGAUUUUGUUCCCGCUGGCACCUUCUCUGCCCGCCUCAAGACUUGGAAUCAUGGUGGUCAGUUGGCUUGAUGUUCUUUUUAGAACAUUCCAAAAUUUGCUUCAAGGUGAUGACUUCUACAGGGUAAGACUCCCAUCCAAUGUUCUAAGUCCUGCCGGGAGGGAUUAUAUUAUCUCAUCAGUGAAAGCGGAAGGUGUAAAUAUCUUGGCAGUCAAUUAUGGGUCCCCAGGGGCAUGUCCAUAUCUUGGGCAGUUGAAACUUCCUUUUAAAUGGGCCUUCAACUCCCACACAGUUUUAAAGAACAAUGAGCAGGCACCAAGAUAUUCUUUUAUCCAUAUUAUUCGCUUGUUUUUGGAGCUAAUGUUAUAGCUCCUAUUAUUUCUUUUUCUGAUUUUUAAUAUUCCCAACAUUAUUAACUCUUUCUUUAUCUUCAGUUUUAUUGAGAGACAUCUAAUUGGAAGCUAUUUCAUGGCUUAAAGGAGAAUUUAUUGAUUGUAAAUUGCAAUCUCAUGCUGUUUCUUUUACUGUUUCAAGAGCAUAAAAUACAGGUCUUUCU